GACAUGUUGGAUAUUAUGGGAUAUACGAGUGUUGUGGCGAAGUGAAAUUUGAAUAUCUUUUUAAUGCAAAAUCAGUUUUCAAAUACACAAACAGACAAAUGACGGACUAUAGCAUAGGUGUAUCACCUGAAUUAGGUAUUGAAGAGAAUCAAGAUGGAACUGUUGAGCAAGAUUCUGAUAACGAGAAUUCUGAUGGUGGAAAAUCAAGGGGAACUGGAGAGGGAAAUGAAAAGAUGACAAACAAAAGAAAAAGUGCUGUGGAUACCAAAGAUUUAAGUAAGGCUGAAGGCUUAGAAAGUAAAAAAUCAAAGACAAAACAAGAUGCAGUAUCAGAUGGAUUCUGUCCUUUUCCAGGAUGCAAUGGACUUGGUCAUGUGUCUGGAAAGUAUGCUAGACAUCGCUGUUUACAAAGCUGUCCACUGGCAGCAAACAAAAAGAAAAUAAGUCAAACUACCACAGUAAAAUCAACACCAACCUCUAAGUCAAUCCAUGUAGAAAAGACUGAUGAAGAGGGGAACAUUAAAUGUGUCAAGGUCAGACUUGAUGAUGGUUCGAAGGUCAGUGCAGGCGAUGAUGAAAAUGGAGCACAAGAGGAAACACCAAUACAGCCAGUAUGUUCAGAUAUUCCUGGGGGAAAACCUGAGGUAUCAGAACCAACAUGUUUCCAGGAAAGCGAACAAGCUAUCCAACAAUUGUCUGAUGACCUAGAUGUAAAACCAGCAUCAGAUGAUUCCACCAGGGAAACUAGUAAUGAAAAUAUUGUAAAAUGUGAGAUAAAGUCUGAAAAUGAACAAUCUGCUCCAAAUGACGAAGACAACUUGCAUAAAAUACAACAGCAGUGUGAAACCAUUCAAGAAAAUGUUGGCAAUCAAAUAGAAAUAAACAUGUUUAUUGAAAAUAUGGAUCAGUCAACAAAUGAACAGUGUUUACAAGAGGUUGUACAAAUUUAUCAAACUGAGAAUGUUGAACAAUCAUCCCAAUCAAUUGAAGAGUCUUCAAUCUCUUCCAUACAAACUGAACAGUCAUCACAACCCAUGGAAGAACCUCCAGUCACUUCCAUACAAACUGAACUGUCUUCACAACCCAUGGAAGAAUCUCCAGUCACUUCCAUACAAACUGAACAGUCAUCACAACCCAUCGAAGUAUCUCGAGUCACUUCCAUACAAACUGAACUGUCUUCACAACCCAUGGGAGAAUCGUCAGUCUCUUCUAUUCAUACUGAACAGUCAUCCCAACCCAUGGUAGAAUCAUCAGUCUCUUCUAUACAUACUGAACAGUCAAUGCAAUGCAUGGUAGAUUUGUCUACCUCACAACAAACUGAACAGACACAGUUUUCUGAAGAAAAUAUUCAGAUGACAGAAGGAGUUGCACAAUCACAAGUGGAACCAAUUGACCAAAACAAUGUGGAAACUGUUCAGACGGGCCCAUCUCAAAUUAUCAUUGAACAUAUUGAUUUAUCUCAGGGAGGUACUGAGGAUAUGGACCAAUCAGAUAUUAUAGAUAUAUCUGAUGAGAUCAAAAAAGAAAAGUCAGAUGAGGAGGGAGAAUUUCAGGUGGUAGCUGAAUGGAGUGCUCCAAUGGAAGUGAUGGAUAGAAAAGAGGCGGAAAAAGAGACGCAAACUGUGGAAAAAGAGAAAUUUUCCCCAGAAGACAGUGGAAAGGAUGAUGGGAAAGACAAAGAUGUAAAAUGUCCUACCCCUGGUUGUGAUGGGACUGGUCAUAUAACUGGGUUAUAUUCACACCACAGAAGUUUAUCUGGAUGUCCAAAAAAAAGCCAAGCUCCUCCUGAAGUUGUUGCUGCACAUGAGAGUUUAACCAGAUGUCCAACACCAGGAUGUAUAGGGAAAGGUCAUGUCAACAGUAAUCGAAGUACACAUAGAAGUGUGUCAGGAUGUCCUAUUGCAGCCAUGGGGAAACUAGUCAGUACAACAACAAAUCAAGCAAAAAAAACAGGUCUGCAUUUAGUACUGCUCCCUAAAGAAGAUGACCCCAGUAAAGCGGUACUGGCCGCUUGUAAUGAAAAAGAACUGAUUCGCCUUGCCGCCCAGAAGUCUCAAUCUGUCUCGCCUACAGGGCCUGCUAGUGAAUCUGAUAGAAUUCUUCGUCCAAUGAUACUCACCAAGCAAUUAGAACUACAGGGAACAGAUUCUGUUGUAUCUACAUCAACACCUCGUGGUAAUCUUGCCAAAGAGCUGGAAAAGUACAGCCGACCGGACCUUAAUAAAGUUAAUGAUCAACACGGAACCAGUGCAACAACACCAGUACAAAAACCUCCACCUAAAAAAGACUUAAGUGAACGACCUAACAUCUUACGUCGACCUAGUUUUAAGCCAAAGCUUGCACGCAGUCCAUCAUCCAGUUCGGAGAGCAGCAUUACAUUACCACUCAGUCAGCCAGUUUCAUCAACAUCAUCUACCAUCAGUAACAUUCUCAGUCAGCAAAAACAAGCUAACAUUGAGUAUACUAGAUUUUUGGAAAUUCCUAGUGAACUCAGUACAGAUUCCAGAGGAGAUCCAUUUUAUGACGGCUUCUCAGGAAAGGGAGACAAUUCACAAUGUCCAACACCUGGUUGUGAUGGUUCUGGUCAUGUGACUGGUAACUACACCUCCCAUCGUAGUGUAUCUGGAUGUCCAUUAGCUGACAGAAACAUUGCAACUUCAAAUCAAGUGGAUUUGAAAUGUCCAACACCUGGUUGUGAUGGUUCUGGUCAUGUGACUGGUAAUUAUGCAUCACACCGUAGUUUGUCUGGAUGUCCUAGAGCAGCAAAGCUUAAAAGAAUGAUGGGAAAAGAUGGUGAAAGGAAAGAGGAAGAACCUUUACGCUGUCCGAUACCAGGAUGUGAUGGAUCAGGUCAUGUGACAGGAAAAUAUUUGUCACAUCGAAGUGCCUCUGGUUGUCCUCUUGCCAAUAAACAUAAAUUACAACGACAGCUACUGGCCAGUUUAGAUUGUCAGGAUUCAGAUCUUGCCAAGUCAUUAAAAAUGGAUGGCAUUGUCUGUCCAACCCCUGGUUGUGAUGGUUCUGGCCAUGCUAAUGGAAGUUUUCUAUCACAUCGCAGUCUAUCUGGAUGUCCCAGAGCUACACAAGCUAUGAAGAAAGCUAAACUCAGUCCUGCGGAAUUGAGUAUUAUACAUUCCAAACUUCAGAAUGGUGAAGAUUUACAUAAUGACGAAGAGUUGCAACAGCUGGAACUUGACAUAUCAAAAAUCAAAGAAUAUAAUUUAGAAUUAGAUCAAGAGGUCAGUAAAAUGAGGUCAGAUGUCAUAACCUUAGAGAACCAAGUCUUACAAGAGGAGAAAGAAAAUAAUGCUAUUCAGGAUCAAUCAAGAAUACUCACUGACUAUUUAACAACCCUGAAGAGACAAAUUUUAUCUGUGUUGUCCCAAAUCAACAUGCCACAUUUAAAUACAACAUUAAUCAAUGAGGAGAAUUUAGAAGAAUGUAUAAAACAGAUCCAAUCAUUGUGUUUCAAUAGAAAUGGCAGCAUGGUGGCUGGAGGGGCUAUCAACCUUGGCGUGUCAGAAAUUCAAGUGGCAUAAACACGAUAUUUAUAUAUUAAUGCUUUAUUUCUUAAGUUCAAAGGCCAAAGUAUCCUAAUGUGUCUUAAGCAUAAAAGACCAAAGUGUUUGAUUUGAUAGAAGUCUUCGUUUUCUGCUGCAAAAAAAAAUCAAAAUUGAAAAUAGAAGAUUUAGGUGAGAUGAUUCUCUGUAUACAUAUCAUGAUUAUUUUUUUCAUUAUAAAGAUUAAUGUUGUCAUUUUAAGCUUUAUUUAUGAUAAACUAAUCAGGUAAAUGCAUUUUAUAAGAUUCAAGAGAAAAGGUUUGCUUCAUUGUCUAAGUGGCAAAAGAAAGGCCUAUUGAGAAAACUUGUAAAUAUUUUCUUUUGAAAUUCUGAUUGCUCAUAAAUAACUUGUUGAAUAUCUGAAUUCUGUUGAAAGUUUGCAAGAGGUAUUUAGUUAUCAACCUUUAUGAAUUCCUUGAAAGAAAAUCAUCUUAGGCCUGAAUAAUAAAAUCCCCUACCUAGUUUUAACUGUCAAAAAUUACCUUGAAAUGUUGAUUGUGGGGAUCCAGAAGAUAAAAAAGAAAAGUUAUGUUUAAUAUAAAAGUAGUUGCAUAUUCCUUACAAUUACAUUUUAAUUUUCUGCGAUGAAAUGCUUGGUUUAGUGUUCAACAUUAUUGCUCAAUGAAAAUACAUAUUAUCUGUACAAUGUUUGCUCAAAACUUAUUCGCAAAAGCUUGUGCCAAAACGGAUAUAUUUAGCUAAAGUAAUAUAUAAAACACAUGCACUGUUUCAUAGUGUAAGCACAGUAAUGACUUGAGGAAUAAAUUGUUUCUUUAACUUUUGUUAUUUUUAUUUUAAAUCAAUGCAUCAGCAAAAAUGUAUCAAAUCCUGUUAUUCAUUUGAUGAAAAAAGGUCUAAGAAUUUUCUGAAUCAUUGUUGCUAUGAAAUACGGAGAAAUAGAAGCAGGAAACAAACAAUUUUAUACCUAAUUACUGAACAAAUGUUGUUUGUUAAUAGGUUUUAGUUGGCAUAAUUAGUAGCUGUGGUUUGCCUUUUGUAGACACUAAUAUCCAGGGGUGUUCUGGGGGUUUGUACAGGUAAUAAAAUACAUGAUUGGUUCAGUUUUGUCAACUUGGACAUUCCUAUUUCCAUAGAAGUCACUCUUUAUCUUUUGAAAAGUAUUGGAUUUUCAUAUUUUCAUACUAUGAAUUAAAAUAAACAUGACCAGAUAUUUUGAAAUAUUACAAAAUGUAAUGGACCAUUUAAUACAUAUUUAAGUAGAUCUUCAUUUAAAUGAUAAUUUUGUUAUUUAAAAAUCAUCCCAUAUAACUACUAUUUUAAUUCAUAUAAUUGUUAACUUGUACUAAAUGAUAAUAGUUCAGUAAAAUUGAAUGAAGAGCCAAAAUAAUGUUUACAAAUGUCCACAUCUAUACUCAGAUGUGUUUGUUGAUUGAGAACUUUAGUUUUUCCACUGAUGGAAAUAAUAGGUUCAGUACUUACAACACUAGUUUUAGCUUGCCCCAUAUGUUAAUUUGUCAAUGAUGGUUGUUGUUUUUUAUGCGUAAAGCAAUUUUUAUUGAAGUCAAAUCUUAGAUAGUAUAUGUUGAAUUCAUUCCAAACUUGUCAAGACGUGAGGCAAUUUAUAGUUAACAUAUGAUUAAAAAGACGUGAGGCAAUUUAUAGUUAACAUAUGAUUAAAAUAUCAUUGAAAUGUGACCUUACUUUGGCCAAGUCUCCAUGAUGUUUACCCAACAACUCUGUUAAUUCAUAUAUUAUUGCACGUCAUAAAAAAAAUUCCACAAAAAUGGUUUUAGAUAUACAUGUUAGAUACAGUAAUUUGUUAUGUUUUAUAUAUUUAUAUAUUUAUUAUGAAUCAUUCCAUUGUACAUAAUAAAACCUUCAGUGUAUAUGAGAAAACAAAAGGUGCUUUUUACACUAAUAUUGUAUUUAAAAUUUGUUUUUUCAUAAAUAUGACAAUUCUCAGUUAACAUGAGAAAUUUUUUACUUACUAUCUUUUAAGAAAAUAUAAUUUCUUUGAAAAACAUCUCUGAUCUGAUCAUGGGGUGUGUUUAACAAUCUACACAGUAACUUAAUGCUGUAUGUGGGACAGCUAACAUAUCUCCUUAGCGAUCGGGGUAGAGCGAAAAUCUAAUUUUUAUACGACCGCAAAAAAUUUUUGUGGUCGUAUAUUGGUAUGAUGUUGGCGUCGUCGUCCGGCGUCGUCCGGCGUCGUCCAAAGACACUUGGUUUUCGCACUCUAACUUUAGUUUAAGUGAAUGGAUCUUUAUGAAAUUUUACCACAAGGUUCAAUACCACAAAAGGAAGGUUGGGAUUGAUUUUGGGGGUUAUGGUAAUAACAGUAAAGGAAUUAGGGGCCAAAAAGGGGCCAAAAAUAAGCAUUUUUGUAACUUCCAGACAUAACUUGUGUGUUAGUGUAUGGAUCUCUCUGACAUUGUACCACAAGGUUCCAUAUCACUAAAGGAAUGCUGGGAUUGAUUUUGGGGGUAAUUGCCUCCAAAUUUUAGGAAUUAGGGGCCAAAAAAGGGGCAAAAAACAAGCAUUUUUCUAGUUUCAUGACAAUAACUUGUGUGUAAGUGUAUGGAUCUUUCUGAAAUUGUACUACAAGGUUCCAUAUCACAAAGGGAAAGCUGGGUUUGAGUUUGGGGGUAAUUGCCCUAAACGUUUAGGAAUUUGGGGCCAAAAAGGGGCCAAAAAACACAUUUUUUUCUAGUUUCCAGACAAUAACUUGUGUUCAAGUGUAUGGAUCUCUCUGAAAUUGUACUGCAAGGUACCAUACCACAAAGGGAAGGCUGGGAUUGAGUUUGGGGGUGAUGAAUCAUAAUGGGGGUUCAAAAAAUUUUGGGGGGGAUUUAUUUUUUUUUCCUUUUUUUCUUUUUUUCCUUUUUUGUUUCUUUUAAAAUUUUCCAUUUUAAGUUGGUUAUUUCUGAUUUAUAUUUAAAAUCAAAUAAUAAUGAUAUGGUAGGAGAUACACACCAAACAGGAUGUGUAAAUUAUUAUAUAAUAAGUAUUGUGCAAUAGCAAGAAAUUUUCAAUUGCACAGUAUUGCACAAUAGCAAGAAAUCUUCAAUUGCACAGUAUUGCGCAAUAGCAAGAAAUCUUCAAUUGCACAGUAUUGCGCAAUAGCAAGAAAUAUCCAAUAGCACAAUAUUGCGCAAUAGCAAGAAAUUGUCAAUUGUACAGUAUUGCGCAAUAGCAAGAAAUAUUUAAUAACACAGGAUUGUGCAAAAGAAGAUACUUCCUAUAAAUUGCUUAUUUCUUGACCAAUUUCAAUGGGGUUUUAUUCUUGAUUUCAUGGGGUUCUUUAAUAUGCUGAAUCUAACCGUGUAUUUAGUUUUUGGAUUUUGGGCCCCGUUUUUAAAUUGGUCCACAUUGAGGUCCAAAGGGUCCAAAAUUAAACUUUGUUUGAUUUCAUCAAAAAUUGAAUUAUUGGGGUUCUUUGAUAUGCCAUAUCUAACUGUGUAUUUAGAUUCUUAAAUUUUGGUUCCGUUUUCAAAUUGGUCUACAUUAAGGUCCAAAGGGUCCAAAAUUAAACUUAGUUUGAUUUUAACAAAAAUUGAAUUCUUAGGGUUCUUUGAUAUGCUGAAUCUAAACAUGUAUUUAGAUUUUUGAUUAUGGGCCCAGUUUUCAAGUUGGUCCAAGUCGGGGUCCAAAAUUAAACUUUGUUUGAUUUCAACAAAAAUUGAAUAUAUGGGGUUCUUUGAUAUGCUGAAUCUAACCAUGUAUUUAGAUUUUUGAUUUUUGGGCCCCGUUAUCAACUUUGUCCACAUUGAGGUCAAAAGGGUCCAAAAUUAAACUUUGUUUGAUUUCAUCAAAAAUUGAAUUAUUGGGGUUCUUUGAUAUGCCAAAUCUAACCGUGUAUUUAGAUUCUUAAUUUUUGGUUCCGUUUUCAAAUUGGUCUACAUUAAGGUCCAAAGGGUCCAAAAUUAAACUUAGUUUGAUUUUAACAAAAAUUGAAUUCUUAGGGUUCUUUGAUAUGCUGAAUCUAAACAUGUAUUUAGAUUUUUGAUUAUGGGCCCAGUUUUCAAGUUGGUCCAAGUCGGGGUCCAAAAUUAAACUUUGUUUGAUUUCAACAAAAAUUGAAUAUAUGGGGUUCUUUGAUAUGCUGAAUCUAACCAUGUAUUUAGAUUUUUGAUUUUUGGGCCCCGUUAUCAACUUUGUCCACAUUGAGGUCAAAAGGGUCCAAAAUUAAACUUUGUUUGAUUUCAUCAAAAAUUGAAUUCUUGGGGUUCUUUGAUAUGCUGAAUCUAACCAUGUAUUUAGAUUUUGGAUAUUGGACCAUAAUAGGUGAAUGUCCAAUUUAAAAUUUUUAAGUUCUUAGACCACAUUCAAUCUGUGUUAGAAACCUAUGCUGUGUCAAAUAUUUAAUCGCAAUCCAAAUCCAAAGCUGUAUCAAGCUUGAAUGUUGUGUCCAUUCUUCCCCCAACUGUUCAGGGUUCGACCUCUGCGCUCGUAUCAAGCUGCGCCCUGCGGAGCAUUUUAUUUCACAUUGUGAAGGAAAAAAACUGGUAUCUACCCUCUCAAAUGUUUGCUUCAUUAAAUUUAAAUUGAAAGUUGAUUGCGAUGAUUACUCAGUACAGACUGGUCUCAUUUAGAUUUAUGGCUUUAUGAUAAAUCAGCACAGACUGGGUUGUCAGUUUGAAAACUAUUUUAUCCUACAUAUAAAUUUAAUCUUAUUAUGAUUUAGUAAUUACAUGUAACAAUUUAUGGUGUUUGAAUGUGCAAUAUAUGGAGUUUAAAUGUGCAAUAUAUUUAUAAAAGAGUAUUCAUAAAAAGGAAAUAUUAAAAGAUGCUGUUUAAAUUUAUAGGCCACACAAAUAUAAUGUUUAGUUCUAUGGGUUAUAGGUAUACAAAAAGAUGUGAGUGUUUAAAUUUUUUUUUCAAUUUGAAACAGCUUUAAAUUUUUCAGAAUGUUUGAAAUGGGAUUUAUAAACUAAGUGAAUAAGAAAGCAACAUUGACAUGUACUUUCUAUUCAAUAAAAAGUUAUACCAAAUUUCACAUUUUUAACCAAAAUUGAAAUAUGCACUCUUAAUGGUAAAUUUUAACAAUAAUGAACCUGUCUAGAAAUAAUUCAGUUUUCAGUUUAAUAGUUAUCUUUGCAUUUUUGCAAUUGUUCUACAAAAACACUCAGAAAAUCUACUAUUUAACUGUAUAAAAACUCAAUUUUAACAUUGUUAAAUGAUGAUAUCUCCUUUGUCAUAGAUUAAAAAAAACAACAAAAAAACUGCAUACUUAAUAUAGGUGUUGAAAUUUAAAAACUUCAUUAGCUAAAAGUGAUGCAAGCAACUAUACAGGACUUACAUCAAUUUGGUAUGCCUAAAUGCUUUUUUUGGACAAUUCAAAUGUUCAUUAUCUUUUAUUUUUGUUUGAAUUUUAAAAUAGAAAAAUAUAUGUUCUUUCAAUCUUUUUAUAAAAUCAACACAAAGUAUCAUUAGGAGUUUGAGAAGAUCUUCAUAAAGGUCAAGGUUAUGUUAUAUUGUGUAAUCUCGUUGUGAUGUGGAUUCCAAGCUUAUUAAGAACAAUUGAUUUAUAUAGAUGUGUUAAUACUACAUGUUUUCAUGUUUGUAUAACCCAUUCCAUUAUUUAUAUAGAUAUUUGUUAUGUAUUUAUUUAUUUAUUGACAUUCCUCUUUGUUAUAAAGUAUGUAAUUUAAUUUUUUUUUCAUUGUGAGAAAGAAAAAGGUGCAAUAUUUUCAGCAGAUAAAUGCUUCAAAAUGAUAA